AUGAUGUACGACGACUGUCCGGACGACUACGUCCACAUUUCAUUCCAUCUAUCCCGCACAGCACAACAAAUCUUCAAAAGCUACGCAGACCUCAAACGACUCCGCGAGUCCUCGGGGUUACGCACGCGUACCACUCCCCAUUGGGCAACCUACAGAGAUUUUAGCCGUGGUGUACAUGCUACUUGGGGCACUGGAGCGGAGGCCCUCGCGCUCGUCUUGUUUUAUCUUGCCGACACCGAGAAGCUGAGCGCCGCGGCGAUCGAUCGCUAUCGCGAUGCAGCCGAAUAUUUCUGGCGCAAAGUCAAUGAGGGCGAUGUAGACGAUCCGGAUGACCUCAUGUGGCACAAAGAAGGCGACCACUAUGUGGGAAAUCCAGCAACCGCUCCGGUCGUAUUCCGAGCUCUCAAUCUUGCCUAUGACAUCGAGGAGCGUCGUAAGGCAACCGGGGAGUCUUCUACCCCAGCUCAAGAGGCGCAGCGUUUGUGUCGCGAGCGUGAUCGCCGAGCCGCUCAGCCUCCUCCCUACCUCGAUUAG